AAAACACAUAUCAUACGUGUUUUGCUUUGCAUAGCAGCCAUCUUCUUUUCUUCUGGUUUUCCUUUCACUUUUGCUGGAGCAAUUGGGUGAUCAAUCAUGAGAAAAGUGGUUAUUUUUUCCUUAAUUUUUUUGCUGCUGUGUGUCUUGAUCUAUGCUAAAGCAAGCACUAAAACUGAAGUGUCUAGAACCAAUGAAGCAAACCCAUUUUCUUACCAUAUCAAAGCCUUGGAAAUCAUAUGGAGCCAUUUGGGUUAUCAACAUGUGUGGCCACAAAUGGAAUUUGGCUGGAGGAUUGUUGUGGGAACCUUGAUUGGAAUCUUGGGAGCAGCAUUUGGAAGUGUUGGUGGAGUAGGGGGUGGUGGCAUCUUUGUGCCAAUGCUAAUCCUGAUUCUUGGGUUUGAUCCAAAAUCAGCAGUUUCCAUUUCAAAGUGUAUGGUCACAGGUGCAGCUAUCUCAGCAGUUUUUUUCUGCUUGAAACAAAAACAUCCCACUCUUGAUGAACCUGUUAUCGACUAUGAUUUGAUGCUGCUUAUCCAACCUCCUCUCAUGCUUGGAAUCAGCAUAGGAGUUAUCUUGAGUGUAAUAUUUGCCGAUUGGAUGGUCACUGUUCUUCUAAUAAUCAUCUGUUUAGUGACAUCAAUCAGGGCAUUCUUCAAUGGUUCUGAGACAUGGAAAAAGGAAACCAAAAUCAAAGAGGAAACUAUCAAACUUUCAGAGUCUACUGCAACAUGCAGUGGGGAAGAGGGAUACAAGUAUCUUCCAGGUUCUGCAGAAGAAGGGGCUGCAAAGGAUACUGGAAAAAUUGAGGUGAGCUUCCUUGGCAACAUCUAUUGGAAGGAGUUUGUACUUAUUUUCUUGGUUUGGCUUGCAUUUGUUAUCUUACAGAUUGCCAAAACUUUGGUAGCUUCCUGUUCUGUCACAUACUGGAUACUUAUUUUGUCACAGAUGCCAAUUACUGUAGGAUUCUAUUUGUAUCAAGCUAGAGCCCUAUAUCAGGGGAAAUCUGCUGGUGGUCAACACACACAUUGGCCAUUGCACCAUCUAUUUCUAGCCAACAUUUGUUCUCUGCUGUCUGGAAUUGUUGGUGGUCUUCUUGGUACAGGUUCUGGAUUUGUCAUGGGUCCUUUAUUUCUAGAAGUGGGAAUUGCUCCCCAGGUAGCAAGCGCCACAGCCACUUUCGGAAUGAUGUACUCAGCAUCUUUAUCAGUUGUACAAUAUUAUCUCUUGAACCGUUUUCCAGUUCCUUAUGCGUUCUUCCUCACCCUUGUGGCUGCCAUUGCAGCAUUCCUCGGACAACAUCUCAUUGACAAGCUUGUUAACAUUUUCAAAAGGGCAUCUUUAAUUAUUUUUGUGCUGGCCUUCACAAUAUUUGUCAGUGCAAUUGCAUUGGGUGGAGUUGGAAUAUCAAGCAUGAUCUUGAAGAUUCUAAACAAUGAAUAUAUGGGAUUUGAGAACUUUUGCUAGAGGUUUCCAACUAUAUAGUUACAUUUUUUUUUGUCAUUAUUUGUUGUUUGCUUCCACUAUAUAUAUAUAAAAAGAUGAUGAAGAGAUAAUGUGUUUUGCUCUUG